AUGUUCUGGAAAAAUAUGAAGAAUGAACCGCCUCAGGUUCUCAACUGGACUCUGUGGCUUGCGGUGAUCGUUUUUGGAAGUCUGGGGUCCGUCCGAGGGCUGGAUGAAGGCCUGAUUUCCGGAAUCACGUCUCAAGCAUCAUUUGAAAGCCAGUUCAAGCUCAAAGACCCACUCAAAAGCAAGUCGCAACAGGAUGAUGAGCUUUCCAAUAUCACCGCCAUGGUCCAAAUUGGCUCUGUCGGAGGUGCCAUGAUUGCCAUGCUCAUACAGGACAAGAUUGGCAGAAUUCGAUCUCUCCAAGAGAUGCUCAUUCUGUGGACGGUGGGAGUCAUCAUCGAAGUCACUUCAUACUCCCAGGGCCAAAUGCUUGCGGGAAGACUCAUUGCCGGUCUCGGCAUUGGCCAGUCUGUGGUCAUUGGACCGACAUACCUGGCCGAGGUGUCUCCAAAGAACGUCCGUGGACUGUGCACGUGCAUCUUUUCGGGCUCCGUCUAUCUCGGAGUCAUGUUAGAGUACUUUGCCAACUACUCCACCUCCAUGCACAUGCCGGCUACUAGCAGAAACCAAUGGGUGGUACCGGUAUCCAUUCAGUUCAUCUUUGCGGGUCUGUUGUUCAUUGGCUCGUUUUUUGUCCAUGAGUCUCCCAGAUGGCUAAUGAAGAUAGGCAAGGAUGAAGAGGCUAUCGAGACACUGUCAAAAAUCAGAAACCUGCCAGCAGACGAUCUCUACGUCCAGGGAGAGAUCAUGGAUGUCAGAGAACAGAUUGAACGUGAGAAACAGGCUCUCAGUGGAACAAACAUCUUUUCUCUCAUGAAAGAACUGGUAUCUACAAAGGCCAACAGAUAUAGACUGUUUCUGGGAAUCAUGGUCCAGCUUCUCGGUCAAUGGUCGGGGGCUAAUGCUGUGACGGUCUACUCUCCAAAGUUCUUCUCCAUGCUCGGAAUUCCAUCCAAAAUAGACCAGAUGAUGUACACCGCAAUUUUGGGAGUCAUAAAACUCGUUUCCGCCCUCUCCUGUGCCUUGUUCCUUAUUGAUACCAUUGGAAGACGACGAUCCCUCUAUACAGGCAUCUGUCUUCAGUUUGUCUCCAUGUUAUACUUGGGUAUCUACCUUGCGAUUGUUCCAGCCAAAACAGGAGUGGAGAGAACCCCAUCUCAGAGACAUGCUGGAGCAGCAGCUAUUGCGGCCAUUUACCUGUCGGGUUGCGGAUGGGCUCUGGGCUGGAAUUCCAUUCAGUAUCUCAUCAACGCCGAGAUCUACACGGUCAGACAUAGAUCCCUGGCUUCUGGCAUCAUCAUGACUUUCCACUUUGCCAACCAGUACGGAAAUUCCAAGGCUCUUCCAUACAUGAGAGCUGGCAUCACCGAUCAUGGUACCAUGUUCUUUUUCGCCGGCGUCUUGCUUCUGGGUUUCGCUUGGUCUUGGUUCUUCCUUCCCGAGGUCUCUGGACGAUCCCUGGAAAGUAUCGAUGAGAUGUUCUCAUUGCCGUGGUACGUUAUUGGUCGACGCGGUCACAAGAUGAUUCCAGAAACCUCUGCCACUGUUCACUUGCGUCAGGAAGAAGACUCUGAGAGCAAGAAGGGCGGUGUUGUGAUGGUGGAGUCGUGUUAG